GGUUGGCGCCUGCGCGCAUGCGCGUGGGGGCUGAGGCGAGGGCGGGCCGGUCGGUUGGCGCCUGCGCGCAUGCGCGUGGGGGCUGAGGCGAGGGCGGGUCGGCGGACGCAUGCGCUUGUGCGCGCGCGGGUCCGGAGCCGGAGGGCGUCGUGGCGGCGGCGAUGCCGGGGGCGGCGUCGUUGUGGUGGUCGGAGUGGCUGUGGCGGUGGCGGCCCGGGCUGUGGCGGGAGGCGGUGGGCGCCUCGCUGCUGGUGCUGCUGGUCGGGGCGCUGCUCUGGAUCCUCGACAAGGCGGCGGCGGCGGCGGCGGCCAGGAGGCCCAGGGGGCUCGGGGCCGGACCCCACACAGGACCCGCCGCAGGACCCACGCGCGCCUCAGGUGAAAAAACAAUGGAUGCUAUUUUGGCCCAACUGAAGCUGCUGAGUCCAGAUGAUCUUAGGAAAGAGAUCGUCAAAGCCGGGUUGAAAUGCGGGCCCAUCACAUCAACCACGAGGUUCAUUUUUGAAAAAAAACUGGCCCAGACUUUGGUAGAACAAGGACUCGUGGCUCACGCUUCCAUUUCCCCCGACGAAGCUGCAGAAACCCCUGCCUCUGCUGGCUGCCAGCCAGAAAUCCAACCGGUUUUGAGAUCUGCUGUGAUGAACCAGCCUCCCCUUUUUUCUGAAGAGGGAGAUUUUGGCUAUAACAUGGGCUUGAAUCCCCCAGAAGAGGAAGCUUUAAUGCAUAAGACCUGUUCAGCGGCCUUCAGCGGUACAGCUAAAAUUGACUCACUAAAAGAAGGCCCCGUGCUAGCUAAGGAUCCUCCUCUAUUCUACGGAGUAUGUCCGGUUUAUGACGAUGUUAUGGCAAAAAAUGAUAGGGUUCACGUUUAUGAAGAUAAAAAGGAGGCACUGCAAGCUGUCAAAAUGAUCAAGGGAUCUCGAUUUAAGGCCUUCUCCAGUAGGGAAGCUGCAGAAAAGUUUGCUAAAGGGAUCUGCGAUUAUUUCCCAUCUCCAAGCAAAACCCCUUUAUCUCCCUCUCCAGUGAAAGUAGGAUCAUUCUUUAGUAGAGAUGGUUUAUGUUCACCUGACCCAGAAACGGUUAACAAAGAACGAGCCAACAGUUAUAAGAGUCCCCGAACACAGGACCUCACCGCCAAGCUUAGAAAAGCCGUGGAGAAAGGAGAUGAAGUUAACUUUUCGGAACUUAUCUGGAGUAACCCCCGCUAUCUCAUUGGUUCUGGGGACAACCCAACAGUAGUACAGGAAGGAUGUCGGUAUAAUGUAAUGCAUGUUGCUGCGAAGGAGAAUCAGCCUCACAUUUGCCAGCUGACUUUAGAUAUAUUGGAAAAUCCUGAGUUUAUGCGGCUUAUGUAUCCAGAUGAUGAUGAGAUUAUGCUGAAGAAAAGAAUCCUUUAUAUUGUUGACCUUUAUCUUAAUACUCCUGAUAAAGCAGGAUAUGACACUCCCUUGCAUUUUGCAUGCAAGUUUGGUAACGCAGAUGUGGUUAAUGUGCUUUCUUCACAUCCAGCUAUUGUAAAAAACCCAAAGAACAAAUAUGAGAAAACACCAGAAGAUGUAAUUUGUGAAAGAAGCAAAAAUAAAUCUGUGGAACUGAAGGAGCGAAUCAGAGAAUAUUUAAAAGGUCACUAUUACGUACCACUUCUGAGAGCAGAAGACAAUUCCUCUCCAGUGAUUGGUUCACCGUGGUCUCUGGAUCAGACGGAAGACAGUCUCCAUCCAGCUAUUUCUCGAUUUGGUGGCAGUCCCAAAGAUCCUCUCUUGACCGUGAGAGCUUUCGCGGGGCCAAUGAGCCCAUCUAAGGCAGAAGAUUUUCACAGGCGCUGGAAGACUCCGCCUCGAGAGAGAGCUGGUUUCUUUCAUGAUGUCAGGAAAUCUGAUCCAGAAAGAGGCGUUGAAAGAGUGGGAAGGGAGUUAGCUCAUGAGCUGGGGUUCCCGUGGGUUGAAUACUGGGAAUUUCUGGGCUGUUUUGUUGAUCUGUCUUCCCAGGAGGGGCUACGAAAACUAGAGGAGUACCUUGGUCAGCAGGAAAUGAGCAAAAAGGCUCAGCAGGAAACGGGAGAAAAUGAAACCCGUAACAGAUAUAAAACUUCACAUUCUUCAGGCAGGGGUAAAAAAGGUAGCAAUUCCAUUUCUGUUGGAGCAUUUCUAGAUGAAGAUGAUGACAUGAGCUUAGAAGAAAUUAAAAAUCGACAAAACGCAGCACGGAACACCAGCCAGCCGGUCGCCUCUAUGGAACCCACUAUUGAUGCCUUUGGAGCCUCGGAGUGUGACAUCCUUUCCAUGGAGCACAAAGCCAGCAUCAUAGAGACGUCGGUGCUCUCCGGGAGGCACUAUGAGAAAGGGGGUUCUUCUAGCAAAAAUGGAUUCUGCAGUCCCGUAACCAAGGACAGGAUGGUCGGCCGUGAGCGGCGGCAGCCCCGGGGAGGGGAGGCGCCCCCGCCCUCCCCCGUCUCCAAUUUAAUGGGAGAAUUUCAGAGAAUGACUUUGAAAGGUCAGGGGCAAGGAGGAAUUUCUGGCUUUGAGAAAUCGAGUCAAGUGUGCGCCACAGCCGAAGACGAGAGGAUUCUGGCUGCAGGAAUAAAUCGGGUGAAAAUUUCCAAGGACCAGCUAGGUCAGGAGCGUUCGGCUCAGAUUGAGGAGAGCCGUUGGUCAGAGGCCCCCGCUCCAGGAAAACCCGGACACACCAAAGCAAGGACAGGAAACAAAAUGCCGCCAGAACUGGAGACGUCCUCCCCGGAGCCCGCUGUUCCAGAGAGAUCAUCUCAGCGGCCCAGCAGUCCCAAAGUGCAGUCUGAAUGUGCCUCUUAUUUGUCUCAAGAGUCUCCUCAGAGGCUGCUUUUGAGGACUUCCCCUCUCAGUGCAAGAACCAAGAAGUUAUUCAUCUUUGGAGACGAGCCUUCCAAGUUGGACCGGGAUGUUUUAGCGGCUUUGGAGCACGUGGAGAUCGACGCGCAGAAAUACCCGGUCACUUACAAAUGGAAGAAAACCGUGCAGUCCUACUCUGCUUCCGCCCAGCAAAGUUGGCCGAGUCCCGUGCAGAAGGGGAAGCUGAGGUUCCAGGCUUCGGCUCGGGGGUCUCCUCACGGCUCAACCUGUCCCAGUCCCGGAAGGCAGAGCCCGGGGCUGGGCAGCCCGGGGAAAUACGGCAGCUCCUCCUCCUCCUCCUCUUCCUUUUCCCCUAGUCUGGGGAGCCCCGGCCGGUACAGCCCGGCCUACGCUAGCCACCUCCUGCUUUUAAAGUUAGGUCGCCUUUCCGAACCGUCAGCCCUCUAGAGUGGACUCGCAUCUCCGGGGGACAUGGAGGCGGUCUUCACUUCUGCUUUUUUUUUUUUUUUAAACGGGGAAGGGAGGGAAUUCACGUGGCUCCACUACUCCGGGACAAGGCCUAUCCCGACUGUUCAUCCUCGUUUGAUGAGGACAAAUAUGCAGUUGUAAAGGAAAGCGGUGAAGAGCUGUUGAUCCGGUAACCCGAUCAGAUCCGGGGUGACUUGUGAGACGUACGGUAUUGCAGCGGGGACACCAUUAAAUCUUAAUUGUCUAGUGCUUGUAAUGGUAAAGCAGCCUCGGUACAUACACUCUUUUGGGGGGGAAAAAAAAAUAAGCCCAAUUCUUGAUGAAAAACAAGGGUCUUCACGAUAGAAAAACAGACUGAAACCGAACUAGUUUAUCCUCGAGGGUAGGUUUGUCAGUUGUUGAUUCACCGGGGUGAUGGAGGUAAAUGUGGAGGCUGUGGCAUAUGUUACAGCCUGCUACGGUGAUUCUAAGUGGGGUUUUGUUUUUUUUUUUUUUUGGUAGGGGUGGGGGCUCCAAACAAAGGUGAAAUUUGGCUGUUUGCAACAUUUUGGUUACAGCUUUAUAUAGUAUGUGAUGGGAAAGCCUUUUUGGCAGGUUAAUAUCACUGAUUUGUUAGGAAGAAGCGGAGAGGGAGGACAAAUACGCGGACAUCUUUUUAGAUCCCUUCCCAGCUCAGAACCUUGCAAGCAUUGGCAGUUUUAAAGACGUUAGAGACAGUUCAGAGUGUUCAUUUGAAGAUGAAAAACCCUGAGCUCUUCCCACGGCAGUCCUUCCCGGGUGGCAGGAGUGACAGAUUGCCUCGCGUGACACUCUAGGGAUGUACUUUUAAGACUCUUUUUAAGAGUCCAGGUUAGCGUGGUGCGUUAUGGAGAUGUUCAAGGAUUCUGUAACCUUCCUUGGAGUGGAAACUGUUUUAAAAGGCUAGGUAGGGAUGGAGAGGAGAAUCAGCUUGUAAGGGGGAGUCCGGUGAUAGUUCCUGGGUCCUGUCCUUUAAUUUUGAGAGUAUUCCGUGGUAUUUCGUAGAAAAUUGUUUCUGCACUCUGGGCAGCGCGGUAAAGGACAGGACGGUUCCCCCCGCCCCAAUCUGGAGUUCUGUUGGUCGCAGUAUCACUUAAAAAAUGACUCCGUUACCUAACGUGCAUCCGUCUGGACCUUUCCGAACACUUUCGGGAGACCACCCGGAUGAUCCAAAUCAGGGAUUCGGACCGUGCUUCCCCCUCCCCACCGUCAACUGAGUAGUGAACAUAAAUGGCAUUUAUUCUGGCUCUCAAAACAGUUUUCGGCGAAACGCGUUUUCAGCCGACGACACUUCCGCCAAGCGCGCGAGCGGCAGAGGAACGUGAGUUCGGAAGGAAAUCCAAAGUAUCAGUGGCGGUGGGGAGAGGUAAGGGUCUGGAUUCAAUGAUCCCACCCAGGUGUUAGCACACACUGUAGAGGAAAAUCAUCGUUCCGUACCCAAAACUGUCCUCCGUUCUGAAUAGAUUCAGCAUUUGGUCCAAACUCCCAAACUGCACUUGAUGCUUUUGGCAAGCUUAAUAGUGCCUUUUGUAAAAUAUAUAUGUAUAUAUAUAUUUUAUUUUUUUUUUUAAUCUUGCUUUUUCAGAGUGUUGAGGCAACUUAUGCGUGUAACGACAACCCGAGUGUUUGAAAUUGUUUAAUAGAUACGGACGUGAAAGGAUAUUCUUCCUGCGUGCAGGGCGGUUAGGGCAAAUCCGAACGCUAGAAUCUAGCCUUUGGUUUCCAAGUUCAAAAGAAUAUAUUACAGUGUUAGUGUUUGGUUCUGUGACGUGGACAUCAGAUGGGUAGAAGUCAUGAACGUACCCAUAACUAGACAACAUUCUAAAUAAGUCAAAAUAUUGGCAUUAAAUUCGCAAUAAUAUCAGUCCUCCCUAAGCCUCCGCUGAAGUAACAGAUAUACUAAUGUGAUAUUCGGUACUUAAAGUUUCAAUUUUUUCUCUCUCAGAUGUGAAUAAAACUAACAGCCGUUAUUUUUCUUCUUGGUCACCUAGUAGCGUUCUUCAAACAGCUAUGCUUAGUACAUUUAAAAGGUUUUUUAAUUUUUUGGCAUAUAUUGGACCUUUACUUCUGCUUCUAUGUCUAUAAAAAAAAAAUAGCUGCUCAAAACAUUAGCUCAAGAGAUGCCAUUAUUCACUGAGUGUCCAAAAGUUCGCUGCAUGUCAUAAAACUCCAUUCCUCUUGUUUUUAAAUUCCUGGCAAAUAAAACUCAAAAUGUGAAGUUCCUUCUCCUUUCUGUUGCAUACAUACAAAGAGCUUUCUAAGCAACAUCUCAGGCAAUGUUUUAAAAACACCAUGGAGAUCAUUGACUAAUAUUCAUAUGCUAUUUUCUUGUCCCUUUUUAACUUGUAGCACUCUACUUUUCUAUAUUUCUGGCCUAAACAGAAGCCUCUGACCACAUAUUUUAUAAAAUAGGGUAUUUAGGUAUCUAAUUAUUUUUGUGAGACAUAGAAAUGGAUACGUAAUAUGAUUUCCGAGAAAUGGGUGCUUUACGGGAGAAUGUACUCUGUGCAGAACACACGGGAUUUUGAAAAGGGAAAACUCUGCAAUUGGAGACUGGGCGUGUUUAGGUUUUGGAUCUACUUUAUAACUUAAUUUUUAUUUUAAUCAGUAACCGAGUGGCCCUGAUGUACAUUCCUGAUUGAAUUCAGAUUUGUUUAAAAAAUAAAAAACACACAGCAUUUGUUUCUCCCCCAAAGUUGAGUAGCUGUUCAGUUGAUGGGCCCAUAAGUUCAGGUGAAGAGUUUUUACAGUUUUAACAUAAGGGAAAUACUUUAUCUCGACAGGCCGUAGCUUUAAAAGUCGUUUCGAGGGGAAAAUUAAGUUCAGGGGGUUUGGAAGAUCAGGUCUUGGAGAAAAUGUUUCACACGGUGCCAAGUUGGUUAGUUUUGUCUUGGGAAAGCCAACUAUUUGGAUAAACAGUUCUGAGUAACAGUUAACUGAGGAACAAUUGUGCUUUAAAUGAUCCCGAGUCCAUAUUUUCUAAAUGAAACACUCUCCAGAGUCUUCGGCCCUUCACAAUUUGAAUUUUCCAAACCGGGGGCAAGUGUGGGCGUGUUACAUAUCGUGGGUGAAGCUGCAUUGUGUGUGCCGGACCUUCCAAAGUGCCAGUGUUUGUUAUUUCAGUUCUGUGUGUAAAAUAAAUAUGCUGGAGUGAAAUAAAGUGCAAAACAACACUUGG